AUGGGCAGCAUUCAUCCAUAUGGAUCUCAUUGUGGUGGUAGUUGGCUGGAUGAAGCCGCGGUGAUGGUCGACGGCAAAAAUUGUAAAGACGGUGGUGGUGGUGGUGGUUUCCCUGUAAUCACAUCUCACAAUGACCCUUCAAAUAAAAUCAUGGAGGAUUUUUCUGGGUACCCAAUUCAUGAACCCCAGUCCCAAGAUUCCCUAUUAUCACUUUCUGUUGACUCUGAAAGCCUUCAGAAGCAGAUUGAUGAGUUAUCCACUUUGUCGGAUACGCCAGCACCAUCGGUUACUAGGAUUCUUUACAGUGAGAAAGAUGUAUUGGCAAGGAGGUUCAUUAAAAAUUUAAUGGGCCUUUCUGGUCUCUCAGUCAGAGAGGAUGCUGUCGGGAACAUAUUUGGUCGAUGGGAUGGCUACGAGCCUGAGCUAGCACCAGUUUCUACAGGUUCUCACAUAGAUGCUAUACCGUACUCCGGAAAAUAUGAUGGUGUAAUUGGUGUAUUGGGCGCCAUAGAAGCCAUUAAUGUUCUAAAGGAGUCAGGCUUUAAACCUAAAAGGUCCCUGGAAGUGAUCAUGUUCACAUCAGAGGAGCCUACACGCUUUGGAAUUAGCUGCCUGGGAAGCCGCCUAUUGGCAGGAAGUAAAGAACUAGCGGAACUUCUCGAGAGGACAGUAGAUAGUCAAAAUAUUUCCUUUUUUGAUGCUGCAAAAUUUGCAGGAUAUGCAAACCAUCUAGAGGACUUAACCAGCGUGUUUCUGAAGAAAGGGAGUUAUUCUGCUUUCAUAGAGUUGCACAUAGAGCAAGGUCCAAUACUUGAAGAGGAAGCCACAUCUAUCGGUGUGGUGACGGCCAUUGCUGCUCCAGCAAGCAUCAAAGUGGACUUUGAAGGCAAUGGAGGCCAUGCAGGAGCAGUCUUGAUGCCUAUGAGAAAUGAUGCAGGACUGGCUGCUGCAGAGUUGGCUCUUGCUGUUGAGAAAUUUGUAUUAGAAUCUGGAUCUAUCGACACUGUAGGAACAGUUGGUAUUCUGGAGUUGCAUCCUGGAGCAAUUAACAGCAUCCCGAGCAAAUCACACCUGGAGAUUGAUACUCGUGACAUUGAUGAAAAGAGGAGAAAUGUCGUGAUUGAGAAAAUCCAUCAAUCUGCUCUAAGCAUAUCUGAAAACCGCGGUGUCAAGCUAUCAGAAUUUAAAAUUGUCAAUCAAGAUCCACCAGCCCUUUCUGAAGAUCUAAUCACCAUGGCAACGGAAUCAGCCUGCCAAGAACUAAACUUGACUUACAAGAAGAUGAUCAGUAGAGCCUAUCACGAUUCACUUUUCAUGGCCAGAAUAUCUCCAAUGGGCAUGAUUUUCAUUCCAUGUUAUAAAGGAUAUAGCCAUAAGCCCGAAGAGUUUGCUGCCAUCGAGGAUAUCGUGAAUGGGGUACGAGUAUUGGCUCUAACACUUGCCAAAUUGUCACUCGCGUGA